GGGGCAAAGGGAAUCACCCCAUAAGGUCCGGGGGGGUCUCUCCAGCCCUGCCCUGUCUCAACCAGGAGCUGGGGAUGCUCCAGGGGCUGGGGAUGCUCCAGGGGCAGCUUCUGCCCUGCAGGGAUCCAAACUGAGCACCUCCUCACCUGAACCGGGGGGAACACGACAGUCCCAGGUCAAGCCCCAGAAGGGGACAGCGAGUUGGCCAUAGGCAGCCACCUCGUGGGCUACUAGCCCCGUGGGCUACCGACCCCGUCCCCACGCCCGCCGUGUCCCGGGCACGGCGUGAACCUGCGGCUCUUGCGGGCGUCGCGUUUCCUCCCCGCGCCGCCGUCCCCAGCAGCCACCAGGCACAUUUCCCUCCUCCAUUUUCUACUCUAGAUCAUCGGCACGACUUUUUUUGCUCGGCAAGAGGAAACCAGAGCGGCUCCGGCAACGCUUCCCCAUCCCACCGGGGGAACUUCUCUAUCAGGCGAGUCCCUGCGCGUUCCCGGUGCCACCGGGGACCCCGUCAGCCGCCCCACGGGAGACCGGCCGGAGAGCAUCAUCUGUACCUGGGUGUGAAAGACAGAGGAGAUCAGAGGCACAGGAUGUGAUCAGAGACCUUGCAGCCUGGUGGGCAGUGGAGGGACCAACCCAGCCCCGUGGGAGCAGCUGAGGAGGGGACAUUUGCAUCACUGCCAGGACCUGGGGAGAUCUCAACACAGCAGAGAGAGUUUGGAGAAGACAAAGCCCCUGGUGCCCCAGCGUGGGUGGGAGGGGGGGGUGGCACCAUGGGGACCCCCUCCCCAGAGGUGGUGCUGGUGCUGGUGGUGCUGGUUGGGCUGAUGGGUCUCCGUGCCACGUGUGGGCAGCCCAACUUCAUUGUCAUCCUGGCUGAUGAUGUGGGCUGGGGGGACCUGGGGGCCAACUGGGCAGAGACGAAGGAGACCCCACAUUUGGAUGAGUUGGCAGCUGAAGGGACAAGGUUUGUGGAUUUCCACUCAGCUGCUUCCACCUGCUCUCCAUCCCGUGCCUCUCUCCUGACGGGGCGUCUCGGGGCACGCAAUGGGGUCACCCACAACUUUGCUGUCACCUCAGUGGGUGGCCUCCCCCUCAAUGAGACCACCCUGGCUGAGGUUCUGAGGGAGGCUGGGUACAGCACGGGGGCUAUAGGCAAAUGGCACCUGGGACACCACGGCCACCAUCACCCCAACUUCCGUGGCUUUGACUACUACUUUGGGAUCCCCUACAGCCACGACAUGGGCUGCACAGACACCCCUGGAUACAACCUGCCCCCCUGCCCACCUUGCCCACGCCACGGCAUGGCUGACAGGAGGAAGGACUGUUACACAGAGGUGGCCCUUCCUCUCUUUGAGAACAUCACCAUCAUCCAGCAGCCUGUCAACCUCAGCAGCCUGGCAGCUCGCUACGCAGAGGUGGCAGCACGGUUCAUCCAGCAGGCCAGCAACAGUGGUCGCCCCUUCUUCCUCUACCUGGCACUGGCCCAUAUGCACGUCCCCCUGGGGGUCCCCUCACUGCCCACCCCCCGGGGCAUCUAUGGAGCUGGCCUGAGGGAGAUGGAUGCCCUGGUGGGACAGAUCAAGAGGGUUGCUGACAGCCAUGGGAAGGGCAAGACACUCCUGUGGUUUACAGGUGACAAUGGCCCCUGGGCACAGAAGUGUGAGCUGGCAGGACGGCUGGGGCCGUUUGUGGGGGCCUGGCAGAGGCAGCGAGGUGGCAGCUCGGCCAAGCAAACGACCUGGGAAGGAGGACACCGGGUCCCAGCACUGGUUUAUUGGCCCGGCCACAUCCCUGCCAGGAGGACGAGCCCUGCUCUGCUCAGCACCCUGGACAUCUUUCCUACACUGGUGGCCUUGGCUGGGGCUGUCCUGCCCCCAAACAGACGUUUUGAUGGCUUGGAUGUGUCCCCAGUCCUCUUUGGGUGGUCGGAUGUGGGGCACAAGGUUCUGCUGCACCCCAACAGUGGGGCAGCUGGGAAGGACGGUGAGAUAGAGACCCUGCGGCUGGCACAGUACAAGGCCUUUUACACCACAGGAGGGGCCAUGGCUUGCGAUGGGAGUGUUGGGCCAGCUGAGCAUCACCAGCCACCCCUCAUUUUCAAUCUGGAUCUUGAUAUCCAGGAGCAGGAGCCUUUGGACGUGGCAUCCAGGGAAUAUCAGGCAGUGCUGCCCACAAUCAGCAGGGCUUACACCCAGGCUCUGGAGGACAUCUCAACAGACAACAUCUCGGUGGCAGAUUAUUCCAAGGAUCCAUCUGCAACCCCUUGCUGCAACAGGCAGCACCUGGCCUGCAGGUGCCAAGUGCCCCUGUCUCAGGCAGCCCCACUGGACCCUGGCACAGAAAAAAGAGCACCCUGGCUUUGUUUUUAAGCAAAUAAUUGCUCAGGUUGCUCCUUUCCCCGAGGCUGGUUCCUGGGAGUUGUUGGGCACCAGGUUGGAGGUUGGCCAAGGAGGAGAGGGAUGGAGGCUGCUCCGUGGGAUGAAGCUGGGAGGCUCUUCCAAAGUGCUUCCCAGCUCCAGAUGUUUGCUUCUCCUCAUGACCUCUUGGCUUUGCCCGGCUGACCUCCUCGGCACAAG